CGAUCAGUUUCCUGCAGGGCAAUAUGACACCGUGAAAGGCAACUUUCUGCUCUGAGGGAGUCAGGUGAUCCGGGUGUUGGAUACAGUCGCGUUUUGAGCCCCAGUCUCCCUGUAAAGAGGCACCAAAAUGACCUUCAUUGCUAAGACUUUCUAUGAUCUGAGGGCCACCUCACUGGAAGGGGACUCUGUGGACUUCAAUGUCUUCAGGGGACGCGUUGUCCUCAUAGAAAAUGUGGCCUCGCUCUGAGGCACCACCACCCGGGACUUCAGCGAGCUCAACCAGCUACAGAGCAAGUACCCCCAUCGGCUGGUGGUCCUGGGCUUCCCUUGUAACCAGUUUGGAUAUCAGGAGAACUGUAGCAAUGGGGAGAUUCUGCACUCACUGGAGCAUGUACGACCAGGUGGGGGCUUCAAGCCCAACUUCACCUUGUUCGAGAAGUGCGACGUCAACGGAGCAAACACCCAUCCAGUCUUUGCCUAUCUGAAAGCCAAACUACCUUAUCCUGAAGACGACUCUAGUUCCCUCAUGCAGGAUCCCCGAUUUCUGGUGUGGAGUCCAGUCACCAGGGCAGACAUCUCCUGGAACUUUGAGAAAUUCCUCAUCGGGCCUGAGGGAGAGCCUUUUAAGAGAUACAGCAAGAAUUUCCCAACUAUUGAUGUAGAGCCUGACAUUCAAAGACUGCUUAGAUUAACAAAGACCUAAGAAUAGCCUCUGCUGCUUAUGGCUUUUCAUCCGUCACAGUCGACGCUGAAAUGCUGGCCUCCACAUUUUUAAGCCUUAGUAAAUGAGGGUGAUAUUCUAAAGCGCUGAUGGUAUAUCAUCUGAGGUCAUAUAAGUGCUUAAAGAUAGUGGAAGUUUAGUUUCAUGUUUAGAAAAUUUCUGGGAAAUUAAAAGCAGUGUUUUAUAGAUAUGAUCAGAUAUGAAACUUUUAGUUUGUCUUACAUUAGUGCUACCAGCAGAUGGUGCUACCGAGUUAAUCAUGCAAAUGGAAACCCCUGUCAUGCUUUUAUCAAAUAGAAAAAUUCAAACAAUAUGUUUGCACUGAAAU